GCCACCCUGCGCAUGUCUCGACAGCGCGCAGCUACAAUGCUCCUCAAACCUCACGAAACCCCACUACUGAGGAAUUGUCAUGACGACCGAUGAUGCUAAGGGUUCCGACAGGACCUUCACCCCUUGAGUUAUAAGAGCAGCAGCCAGCCCCCCUUCCUCCGAUGGAUUCGCAAGACCCUGUACAGGCCUGGUUGAAAUCUCAUCCAGUACGGUACCAUGCUUCACAUAUUGGAAAUUCUCGCCACCCUCGUUGGCGCGUACCUGGUCAAAGUCAUUCUGGCUCGCAGGAAACUGCCUGCGCCACUCCCUCCGGGGCCGAGACAAAAACCCCUCAUCGGGAAUCUCCUAGAUCUUCCUCCCACUGGUGGACAAGAGUGGGUACAUUGGUUCAAGUUCAAAGAGCUAUACGGUCCUAUCAGCUCAGUUCAAGUUCUUGGUGAGACAUUUAUUAUCAUCAAUGAUGCGCAGAUCGCAGUGGAUCUGCUGGAAAAGCGCUCGGCCAUACAUUCCAGCCGGCCGCAGGGACAAUUCAACCAUUUAUCCGGCUACAACGAAGUGACCACCGCAAUGGCGUACACAGACACCCUGCGUAUCCAUAGGAAGCUGUUCCACCAGCAGAUUGGGUCUGUGAACUCCGUUGCUCGCUACAAUAACUUCCAGGAGGCCGAAGUCGGGCGGUUCAUGCUGCGAUCGCUCGAAGCACCACAAGACUUGAUUCCUCAUAUCCGAAAACUGGCUGGAGGUGUGAUCCUGAAAGUCGCGUAUGGAUACAACAUAGAACGAGACGGAGAGGAUCCUCUCGUCGAGAUUGCAAAUGAUAGUGUAGAGAAGUUUUUCAAGUCCAUAACUCCUGGCAUGUGGCUGGUCGACUUCAUCCCGGCUCUAAAACAUAUACCUUCCUGGUUCCCCGGGGGUGGGUUUCAGCAGGCAGCGAAAGAAUUUCGCGUGGCUGCGGACAACCUCAGUGCCAAGCCAUACGCAUUUGUUCUCGACCAGAUGUCACGCAACGCUCACGCGCCGUCUUUCCUAUCUGGCCUGUUUGAGAAGAACGGUAUCCCCGAGCCUGGGAGCGAGCAGGAGACGACUUUCAAAUGGACGGCAACGACAUUAUUUGGAGGAGGAGCUGACACGACUGUAUCCACACUGACAAGCUUCUUUCUCGCACUGGCCUUGUUUCCAGAAGUACAAAAGAAGGCACAAGAGGAGAUAGAUCGGGUAGUGGGCACAUCUCGUCUUCCCGGGUUUGCUGAUCGCGAGAAUCUCCCAUACAUUGAAGCUGUUGUUAAAGAAGCCUUCCGAUGGCACCCAGUUGUGCCAAUGGGCGUUGUGCAUCAGUCAAUGGAGGAGGAUACGUGGGGUGGAUAUCAUAUUCCCAAAGGGUCUCAGAUCUUGUCUAACAUCUGGGCUUUCUUGCACGACCCAGCCACAUAUCCCGAGCCAGGCACUUUUAAGCCCGAGCGCUUUAUCGCGAGUGCUAACCACACUCCGGAGCAUAAUCCGCAUUUCCUAGCUUUUGGAUUUGGCCGACGCGUGUGUCCUGGUCGGACUAUUGCAGACGCAACCGCUUAUUUGACCAUAGCGCAGUCUCUGGCGGUGUUUAAUUUCAGCAAGCCCACCAAAGACGGUAAUGAGGUUGACUUGAAACCGCAAUUUCUGCCUGGGGUGAUCAGCCAUCCGGCGCCGUACGAGAUCAGCAUCAAGCCCAGAAGCGAGCAGCAUGAGGCGCUCAUCCGGGCGGUGGAGGUGAAUUAUCCGUGGGAGAAGAGUCAUGCAGAGGAGUUGCAUCGCGUAGUCUCAUAGUAGGGAGGGAUGAAGUGAUGCACGGAUAUGUAAAGGGAGUCUCGCGCCAUUAUCACCAUACGACGUAACCAACAACGUCACUUUGACUAAAGUCUAAGAGUCCUGUGACUCAAAUUGAAUAGGGACAUAUUUUUUUC